UGUGGGGAAAGUUUCACCGAUAAAUCAUUGCUCCUUGAACACCGAAGAUCACAUCCGGGAGACAAGCGAUACGGAUGCUCCAUGUGCGAGAAGAGAUUCAACAAGAAAGCUUGUCUUCUUGCACAUGAGCGAUCCCACACAGGAGACAAGCCUUACCAGUGUUCAGAUUGUGGCAAGGCCUUCGGGCAGGAAUCGUCUCUGAUUACGCACCAGAGGACCCACACUGGGGAGAAACCCUAUGAAUGUGUGGAGUGUGGGAAGAGCUACCCCUGGAAAACAUCUCUGGCGGUUCAUCAGAAGAUUCACGCUGGCGAGACGUACUCGUGCCCCGUGUGCGAGAAAACCUUCAAUCAGAAAUCUUUACUUCGGAUACACAAGAGGAUCCACACGGCGGAAAAACUGUACAAAUGCUCGGACUGUGACCAGAGCUUCACCCUUGAAAAAUACCUUAAUGCGCACAGGGUGAGGGCUCACACCCGGGAGCGACCUCACGCCUGCUCGCACUGCGACAAAACCUUCAUCUUUAAAUAUUCUCUCAUCGAACACGAGCGCAUGCACACAGACGAGAGGCCUUAUGAAUGCUCCGACUGUGGCAAACGCUACAAUGGCAAAGCUGCCCUGGUGGUCCACAAAAAUACACACGGCGGGCAGAAAUCCUACCUGUGUCCUGAAUGCGGCAAGAGUUUCAAAACCAAGUGUGCCUUGACGGGUCAUGAGAAAAGCCACAGAGGAGAGAAACCCCACAAGUGUUCGCACUGUGACAAAAGCUUCUUCUGGAAACACCGCCUGAUUCUGCACGAGAGAGUUCACACAGGGGAGAUGCCCUACCAGUGCUCGGAGUGUGGUGAAAGCUUCCGUUACAGAAACAACCUGACCAAGCACAAAAGGAACACGGCCCACGUGGGAGACAAACCCUUUAAGUGCACCGAAUGUGGGAAAAGCUUCAUGAGCCGCGUGUCCCUCAUCGUUCACAAGAGGAUCCACACUGGAGAGAGGCCCUACAAGUGCCCCGAAUGUGGGAAAAGCUUCAUUAAGAAGCAGGCUCUCAGUAAACACAAGACGGUCCAUACAGGCGAGAGGCGAUAUUUGUGCAAUGUCUGCGGAAGAAGGUUCUCCAACAAAGGCAAUCUGAUGAGGCACACCAAGAUCCACACGGGAGAGAAGCCCUACAGCUGCCCCAUCUGUGGGAAAGGCUUUAUACAGAAAGUAUGCCUCAUUGAACACGAACCGACCCACAGCAAGGAGAAACCCUUCAUCUGCUCCGACUGCGGGAAGAAGUUCAAGCGGAAAAGAGGUUUCCUUCUGCACUUGCGAAUGCACCGAGGGGAGACCUUGCAAGAGUCCACCAGGAAGAGCAUCAAUGGCGGAGAUUCCUCCCCGGUGGACGGCAAGGCCCCGGCGAAGGAGAGAUGCCACCCGUGCCUGGAAUGUGGGAAAAGUUUCCACUCAAGGUGUCACCUCAUUAUGCACCAGAGGACCCACACGGGAGAGAAGCCGUAUCAGUGCCCAGAGUGUGGGAAAAGCUUCAGCCAGCAGUCGUCCCUCAACACCCACCAGCGAGUCCACACGGGCGAGAAGCCCUCUCUGUGUACCGAGUGCGGGAAAAGCUUUCACAACAAAAGCAACCUGGCCCGGCACCAGCGAAUCCACACGGGGGAAAAGCCCUUUGCCUGCCCAGAGUGCGGGAAGAGCUUCAUUCAGAAAGCCUCUCUGGAGGCUCACAAGGCCACCCACAGCAAGGAAAACCCCUUCUCCUGCGCCGACUGCGGCAAGACCUUCAAGCUGAAAAUGUCGCUCCUCACCCACCAGAGGACUCACACGGGGGAGAAGCCCUACGCCUGUUCCCAGUGCGAGAAAAGGUUUAUCCGACGCUCUCAGCUGCGCAGGCACGAAAAGGCACACGCAGCCACCGCGGACGUUUGGAAGGCGAGCUCCAUCUUCCACGUCCGAUUUUCCCAUAGCUGGGGGACCCUGGAAAGAGUCGAAUGUCGCCCUGUAGCGGCGACAACCAAGGACGGGAUCCCCGAUUGA